AUGCACCAUCGCCUCGAGCAACUGACCUCUCUGGCGCGCACUUAUGCCGGCUAUAAGGAGUUGUUUGGAUAUCAUGCGGACGAAUUCCCUCAACUCAAGAAGGCAACUGACCAACUAAAAUUGGUUGACAAGCUAUGGGCAUCUGUCGCUGACUGGCAUGCACAGCAUGAUAGUUGGAUUUUGGGCGACCUCACGAAGCUUAACGCUGAAGAAGUGGACCAAAAGAUGCAGCUCUUUGCGGCGGACAUAUUUUCCCUUAACCGGAAGAUUAACUCGCCCGUCACGGAGAAGCUAAUGGAAGUCGUCGAAGUUUUCAAGCCAACAAUGCCUCUCGUGAUGGACCUGGGCAAUCCAGCAAUGCUUCCCAGGCAUUGGGAACGCCUUUUCAAGGCAAUGGGUAAGAGCUACGACCCGUCGAAGUCUUUCAACUUGGAUGACUUCAUCAAAUGGGGUAUUGCCGAUCAUGCGGAGCUCGUCUCAGAGAUCGGCGGCACUGCAUCGGGGGAAUCUCAGCUCGAAAAGGCCCUGGUCAAAAUGGAGGUCGCGUGGGAGACUCUGGCCUUCAACACGAAGGAAUGGCGCACAUCAUAUAUACUGGUUGGUAUUGAUGAGAUUCAACAGGAACUGGACGACCAAAUCGUGAGGACCCAGGCGAUGCGCGGUAGCAGAUUUGUGAAGCCCUUUCUCAAGCGAACCACCGCCUGGGAAUCCAUGCUUAUAGAACUUCAGGACAUCAUUGACAAUUGGCUCAAGGUCCAGGCUGCAUGGCUCUAUCUUGAGCCAAUUUUUUCUUCUGACGACAUUAUGAAGCAAAUUCCCACUGAGGGGCGCCUCUUUAAGAAUGUGAAUCAAGUUUGGAUGGAUUCCAUGGCGACCACUGUUGCAGAGCCGGGUGUUUUGCAAGUUGCGAGGCGUUCUGGCCUCCGAGAGUCACUCGUUGACGCGAACGCUCGCUUGGACAGAAUUCAAAAGGGUCUAAACGAUUACCUAGAAACCAAGCGACUGGCGUUUCCACGAUUUUUCUUCCUGAGUAAUGAUGAGCUGCUGGAAAUACUCGCGGAGACCAAGGACCCCACGCGGGUCCAACCGCACCUGAAGAAGUGCUUCGACGGUAUUGUGAAUCUUGAGUUCACGGACAAGCUAGACAUUCUAUCUUGUUUUGAUGGACCUGCUGGUAAGGGGGAGCGCCUGGAAUUUGCUUAUGGACCCUGCCAUCACCGCCCUAUCAACCCCCGAGACAGCGGUGGAAAUGUAGAGAAGUGGCUCGUCGAGGUCGAAUCAAUCAUGAAGAAGUCGUUGGCGUUCCACAUUGACGAGGCCGUGGUAGAUUUUGCACAGACGCAGCGGCCCCAAUGGCUAAAAAAUUGGCAGGGGCAGACAGUACUUACAGUAAACCAAAUAAUGUGGGUCACGUCUGUGGAGGAUGCAAUAAACACUGGCGGUGGUGCGAUGGAAGCUCUCUUUGAUCAGCGAAGAGAUGAGCUCCUCGACGUUGUCAAAUCAGUGCGAGGAGAUAUUCCAAAGAUGCUCCGCAAAACACUAGGAUCAUUGGUCGUCAUGGAUGUCCACAAUCGUGAUAUCACCGCAGAGCUCGCUGGCGCUGAUAUCACCGCAGUCACGGAUUUCGACUGGCAGGCUCAUCUCCGAUACUAUCACGAGGCCGGUGGGGCCUCAGCACAGUGCGGUGAGCCCGGUUCUAUCGCCUGUAGGAUGAUCAAUGCCAUGAUUCUUUAUGCGUACGAGUACAUUGGCAAUUGUGGCCGCCUUGUGAUUACACCUUUGACAGAUCGAUGCUACCGUACUCUCAUGGGUGCCAUCCACCUCAACCUAGGGGGUGCGCCAGAGGGGCCCGCAGGGACGGGUAAGACGGAGACAACGAAGGACUUGGGCAAGGCUAUUGCCAUUCAGUGCGUCGUCACGAACUGCUCGGAUGGCUUGGAUUAUAAAGCCAUGGGAAAAUUCUUCAAAGGGCUAGCUGCGUCGGGCGCUUGGGCAUGCUUCGACGAGUUUAAUCGGAUCCAGCUCGAGGUGCUCUCGGUGAUUGCGCAGCAGGUGCUCACGAUCCAGCAAGCCAAGGCGCGUAGGGCUGAAAGGUUCUUGUUUGAGGGAACAGACUUACCUCUGAAGAUGACUUGCUGUCCCUUCAUCACCAUGAAUCCAGGGUAUGCAGGUCGUGCGGAGCUCCCUGACAAUCUCAAAGUUCUUUUUAGAACCGUUGCGAUGAUGGUACCAGACUACGCGAUGAUCGGUGAAAUCUUGCUCUACUCAAUGGGGUAUACUGAUGCCAAGGCGAUGGCUGUCAAGAUCGUCACGACCUACAAGCUUUGCUCCGAGCAGCUCUCGUCACAGUCUCACUACGACUACGGCAUGCGCGCGGUCAUGGCCGUGCUCCGCGCCGCGGGGAAUCUGAAGCGCGCCGAAGGCGAUCUCCCCGAGGAUGUGCUCGUUUUGCGAUCUAUCAUCGAUGUGAAUCUCCCAAAGUUUCUGUCUCCAGACGUACCACUGUUCGAAGGCAUCACCUCAGAUCUCUAUCCUGGGGUCAAAAUGCCGGUCCCAGAUCGCGAGGCGAUGCGCGGGGCAUUCGAAAGCAGCUGCAAGGAUCGUAAUCUGCAGCCAACGCCUUAUUUCUGGGACAAGGUUGUCCAAAUUUACGAUAUGAUGGUGGUACGACACGGGUUUAUGAUUGUUGGUAUGCCAUUCUCGGGGAAGACCAGUGCCUGGAAGGUCCUAGCAGAUUCGCUCGGGGAGCUACAUUCCAAGUACCCCGACGAUUCCCGCUGGACGAACGUGGUACCAUUCAUCAUGAAUCCCAAAUCUGUGACCAUGGGACAACUCUACGGGCAAUUCGAUCCCGUUUCGACCGAAUGGACGGAUGGCGUCCUCGCAAUCAACUACAGGAACGCAGCAACGUCAAAGGUUGGGGGCGUUGAUGACCGGAAGUGGGUUUUACUAGAUGGCCCGGUGGAUGCAAUCUGGAUUGAAAACAUGAACACCGUACUUGAUGAUAAUAAGAAGCUCUGUCUGAUGUCUGGCGAGAUCAUUGCGAUGUCAGAUGUUAUGUCCAUGAUUUUUGAACCUAUGGAUCUCUUAGUUGCAAGUCCAGCGACGGUAUCUCGCUGCGGCAUGGUCUAUAUGGAGCCUGAGCAACUCGGAUGGCAGCCAAUUUUGGAUUCAUGGCUGAAGAUGUGGAAAGCUGUCAAGGUCCCCGACGAAGAGGUGGAAAGGCUUCGCGUUCUCUUCCACUGGCUUGUCGAACCUUGCAUGUGCCUUGUACGGCGAUCCCUGAAGGAGGUCUCGCCGACGGUGGACAGUGGGCUGCUCAAGAGCCUUCUGAACUUGUUAACUUGUUUUCUCAGAGAUUCGAUUCCAAAUUCUAAGGCUGAUUUAGAAGCACCUCGAAUGAAAUUGAUCGAAUGCGGUUUUCUCUUUGCGCUAACCUGGAGCGUGGGUGUGACUGUUGGAGGAGGAGGCCGGGCGCGCUUCUCUGAAUUUUUGCGUGCGCUGAUUAAGGAUGUCGCCUGUCUCGAGCAAGCUCCUUAUGGUGGGGUGCAAACACUUCUGGCAAUGCGCAAAUGGACGCCACCACCGAAAAUGGGGUUGCGUUUUGAGCUGAAUAUUCCCGAAGAGGGUGAGAUCUAUGAUUAUUGUUUCAGGCCACAGGAUAAUGGGCGCUGGUUGAGCUGGCUGGAAACACUAGAUGGGGAUUUCACAAUAGCCCCGAAGACACCAUUCUCCGAGAUUUUAGUUCCAACCGUGUGUACUGCACAGAUCUCCUUCUUACUGCCUACCAUGCUGCCCCGAGGAUACCGACCUCUCAUUGUUGGGCCAACGGGGACAGGCAAGUCCGUGUGCGCGGCGAAGUGCCUUGCAAAGGAGUUAAGCCCGGACAAGUUCAAGCCCCUCAGCCUGGGGUUCAGUGCCAAAACUUCUGCUAACAUGACGCAGGAGAUCAUUGAUGGCCAGCUGUCCAAGCGAAGGAAGGGCGUGUUUGGUCCGCCCAUUGGCAAGCAAGCAAUCAUCAUGAUUGAUGAUCUCAACAUGCCAGAGGUCGAGACAUACGGAGCGCAACCGCCGAUCGAGCUGCUAAGGCAAUUAGUGGACUCUGGUGGCUAUUACGACCUUAAAGAAAAGUCAUGGGUCAAAGUUGUUGACACCGUAAUGAUGUGUGCCAUGGGCCCACCUGGCGGCGGGCGCAAUCCCACGACACCGCGAUUCUUGGGGCACUUUGGCUGCUUGUCCUUCAAUGAAUUUGACGAUGACACGCUGACGCUGAUUUUCCGGACUAUCGUGGACCAUACAAUUGAUGAUCAAUUCCCUGGGGAUGUGAGGAAUGCCCGGAACUGUGUAGUUGAGGCCACGCUCAAAACUUACCGCGAAGCCAUGUUAAAUCUAUUGCCAACGCCAUCUAAGUCGCACUACACGUUCAAUUUGCGGGAUUUUUCGAGAGUUAUAAGCGGUGUCCUUCUCUGCGAACCGAAAGAUGUAGUGGACCGAUCUACCCUCGCGAGGCUAUGGACCCACGAGGCCCUGCGAGUAUUCGCCGACCGCUUGACAGACGAAGCAGAUCGCAAUUGGUUUGUUGCGCACGCCAGGCGCAUGGUCAAUGAGGUAUUUGAGCUAGACUUCGAGGAUGAAUUCGGACAUCUUCGUGCCGAGGCCUGCCAUAAUUCCGCGGUCGGAUACGGCGAGCUGAGACGACUUUUCUUCGGAAAUUACAUGGCUCAUCCGGAUGAAGAAUUCCGGCCAUAUGCGGAAGUUCGGGACAUCCCGGCGUUGCAAUUCACGAUCGAGCAAUAUUUAGUCGAUUUCAAUGCGGUAUCCAGGAAGCCCAUGGACCUUGUGAUGUUCAUGUUCGCAAUCGAGCAUGUGUCUCGAAUUUCGAGGGUUCUGAAGAUGCCGGGAGGCAACGCACUUCUAGUCGGAGUUGGGGGCUCUGGACGCCAGUCGGUCUCUAUUCUAGCUACGGAGGUCGCAGGCUACAAGCUGAAUCGGAUAGAAAUUUCUAAGAACUAUAGCAUGGUCGAUUGGCGUGAAGAUAUGAAAGCGCUCCUGAGAGACGCGGGGACUGGCGAGAAGCCCGUCGUGUUCCUGUUCAGUGACACGCAGAUCAAGUUAGAAGCUUUCGUCGAGGAUAUCAAUAAUAUCCUUAAUUCUGGUGAGGUACCGAACCUAUUUGCAAACGAUGAGAAGGUCGCAAUCUGCGAAAAAGUUCGAACGUUUGCCAAAGAAGUAUUCGGGAACAAGGAGGCCGGUCGCAUGACGCCGCUGCAGCUCUAUUCAUACUUUGUUUCCAGAGUCCGCCAGCGGUUGCAUAUAAUUCUCGCCUUCUCUCCCAUCGGAGAUGCCUUCAGGGACCGUCUUAGGCUCUUCCCAUCUCUCAUUAAUUGUGCAAUAGACUGGUUUACAGCCUGGCCUGGUGAUGCGCUCGUUGCCGUCGCAAAGAAGUUUUUAAGUGACGUUGAGCUCGAAGAGUCGAUACGACCAGCGAUCACUUCGACUUGUCAGCAUUUUCAUGAUGCCGUGCGCGCUCUUUCCGCGAGGUUCCAGGCCAAAGCGGGUCGGAUCAAUUACGUCACUCCAACUAGCUACCUCGAAUUGAUAUUGGCAUUCAAAGCCGCGCUUGGCAAACGCCGUUUGGCGGUCAAGAAGGAAAAAGAUCGCUAUCAGAAUGGACUCGAGCAGCUCGCGGCCGCAGAAGAAUCAGUCGGCGGGAUGCAAAAGGAACUGACUGAUCUGCAGCCAGUCCUCAGGCAAUCACAGAAGGAUACUGAUGCUCUGAUGUCGGAGAUUGAAGACAAGCUCCCUGGUGUACGAAAAGAGGAGGAAACCGUUGGAAAGGAAGCGGCCGUUGCCCAGAAGGAGGCGGACAAAGUCCAGAAGCAAGUCGACGAGGUGCAAGCAGACCUGGACGAGGCAAUUCCGGCCCUCAAUGAUGCCUUGAAGGCGCUGGACACUAUCAAGCCAGCAGAUAUCGAUGAAGUCCGCAAGCUGGCCAAGCCGCCGGCUACUGUCAAGCUGGUUGCUGAGGCCAUCUGUGUCAUGCUUGGUGAGAAGCCAGUAAAGGUUCCAGACCCUGAUGACCCGACGAAAAAGGUUUGGGACUUCUGGCCAACUUCGCAGAAGAUGCUAAAUGACAAGGGAUUCAUUCCUAAGUUAAAAAACUACGACAAGGACAACAUCCCUAUCAAGGUCAUGAAGGAAAUUCGCACCAAGUACAAACAAGAUCCAGCUUUCACACCUGAAAAUGCGAAAAAGGCUUCGUCAGCAGCGGCAGGCCUGUGCAAGUGGUGCUAUGCGAUGGAUACGUACGACCGCGUUGCCAAGGUCGUCGGCCCCAAAAAGGAAGCGCUAGAGUUGGCUCAAAAGUCGCUGGCAGUCACCAUGGCCGCUCUCAAUAAAAAAAAGGCGAGCCUGCAGCAGACUCAAGACAACUUAUCGGCACUGCAGGCCAAACUAGCUCAAAGCAAACGCAAAAAGGAAGAGCUUGCCGCCCAGGUCGACCUCUGUGGGAAAAAGCUAGUCAGGGCAAAACAGCUAAUCGGCGAUUUGGGUGGCGAGAAGCUGAAAUGGACCGGAUUUACUCGUGCCCUUGGAGCCGCAUAUGAGAAUCUUACCGGUGAUGUUUUGGUGUCUGCUGGGCUCAUGGCUUAUUUGGGUCCUUUCACUUCGACCUACCGUGACUCCCAAAUGCAGGAGUGGGUUGCACACUGCCUCGCGCAGUCAAUUCCCUGCUCUGGGACCCCGACACUCGCGGGUACACUUGGGAAUCCAGUGCAAAUCCGCCAAUGGAAUAUUGAAGGCCUUCCAACGGACAAUUUUUCAAUUGACAAUGGAAUCAUCAUCUUUAACUCUAGAAGGUGGCCCCUCAUGAUCGAUCCACAAGGUCAGGCAAAUAAAUGGGUGCGAAAUAUGGAGAAGCAAAAUGGUGUUCAUGUCCUCAAGCUGACAGACGACUACAUGCGCACGCUCGAAAAUGCAAUCAAUUUUGGACAGCCUGUCUUACUUGAAAACGUUGGCGAGGAGCUAGACCCGACUCUCGAGCCUCUUCUCCUGAAGCAGGUCUUCAAGUCGGGAGGUCUCGACAUGAUACGACUCGGCGAUUCCACGGUCCAAUACAGCGACCAGUUCCGUUUCUACAUGACAACGAAAUUGCGGAAUCCACAUUACUUACCAGAGACUUCCGUGAAGGUGACUCUACUCAAUUUUAUGAUUACUCCCGUUGGCUUAUCUGACCAGUUAUUGGGCGUUGUAGUCUCCCAAGAACGAGCAGAUUUAGAGAAAAGAAAGAACGAGCUCGUCCUCGAAGGUGCGUCAAACGCGAGAAAGCUAAAAGACAUAGAAGAUCAAAUCCUGGAAAUUCUGAGCUCGGAAGGGAACAUACUCGAAGACGAGAAGGCUAUUACUACCCUGGGUAAAUCUAAAGUGACCUCAGACGAGAUCAAGCAGAAGCAAGCGGUCGCAGAGAAGACAGAGAAGGAAAUUGAUGAAGUCAGAUCAGGCUAUCGGUCUGUCGCGUAUGACACGCAAGUUUUGUUCUUUUGUAUCUCCGAUUUAAAUAAUAUCGAGCCGACCUAUUCGUACUCGCUGCCGUGGUUCAUCAACCUGUUUGUGUCCAGCAUCCAGAAGUCAGAGCCCUCGAACGACAUCGCAUCUCGCCUCAGAAAUCUGAGCAUUCAUUUCGAAUAUUCUCUUUACAAGAAUGUGUGUCGAUCUCUUCUAGAGAAAGACAAGUUGCUGUUUUCUUUCGUUCUGACGAUUCGCAAACUUGCAUCGAAGAGAGGAGGCAGCUUUGAUUCCGCCGAAUGGCUAUUUUUGUUGACUGGCGGUGUCGCCCUAGAUAAUCCGCAUGCAAACCCCUGUCCCGAUUGGCUCUUGCAGAAGCAAUGGAAUGAGGUCUGUCUUUUGUCGGAGUUGCCCGCCUUCUCGGACCUUCGUGAUAAGUUCAAAAUUCAACGAGGGUCUUGGCAAGCAAUAUACGAUUCGGUUAGUCCACACGAGAUGCCCCUUCCUGGCCAAUGGGAUGCCAAGCUUAAGGGAUUGCGUAGACUGUGCGCGCUAAGGUGCAUCCGCCCGGACAAAGUAGUUCUUGCAGUUCAGAAAUUUGUCAUCGAGACCAUGGGAGAAAUUUUUGUGCGUCCGCCUCCAUUUGACCUCCAGGCAUGCUACGACGAAUCCGUUUGCACGACUCCCUUGGUCUUUGUGCUCUCACCUGGGUCGGACCCGAUGGGUGCAGUCCUCCAGGCGGCGCAACAGCUGAACCGUCGUGUAUCGCCCAUGUCUUUGGGCCAAGGUCAAGGACCGCUUGCUGACAAGCUGAUUGCAAAUUCGACAAAAGAUGGAUCCUGGGUUGUUUUGCAAAACUGUCACUUGGCGCCAAGCUUCAUGUCACGUCUCGAGCAGAUCUGCGAAUCACUCAAGCCCGAUUCGACGGACAAGGACUUCCGACUGUGGUGCACGACAUACCCGUCACCGAUCUUCCCUGUCUCGGUUCUGCAGAAUGGAAUCAAAAUGACCAUCGAACCUCCCAAAGGGCUAAGGGCCAACCUAAUUGGCUCGUAUUCAAACGCACCUCUUUCAGACGCCAACUAUCUUGACACGUGCAAUAAGCCGGGGCCUUUCCGAAAGCUCUCUUAUGCCCUGUGUGUAUUUCAUGCGCUUCUUCAAGAGCGGCGAUUGUUUGGCCCUCUUGGGUGGAACAUUGCCUAUGGAUUUAACGAGUCUGAUCUGCUCAUUUCAAUGCAGCAACUUGCUAUGUUUCUCGAUGAGAACGAAGAGGUCCCCUUUAAGGCACUCAAGUACUGCAUCGGCGAGUGCAAUUACGGGGGCCGUGUUACCGACGGCAAGGACCGUAGGACACUCAACUGCAUUCUUGAUCGUUUUUUUUGUGACGAAGUUCUGGAAACUGGUGCCAACCUGAGCGAUAGUGGCAUUUAUAGGAUGCCCGGCGCGUCUACACACCCGGAAUUCCUCAGUGUCAUAAGCGAUCUACCUUUGGUUGCAGAACCAGAGAUUUUUGGUUUUCACGAGAACGCGAUGAUAACAAAGGAUACGAAAGAAACUAGUGACCUUUUUACGGCUAUCCUUCUGACCGAGGGAGGUGGUGAAGGUGGCGGCGAGGGUACCUCGACGGAUGACCAAAUAUUAUCCACGGCUAACGAUAUCUUACACAAACUCCCAGACGCUUUCGACAUGGAAGCGGCCCAGGUCAAAUACCCAGUCACAUGGUCUGAGUCUAUGAAUACUGUGCUCUGUCAGGAGCUCGCGAAAUUUAACAAUCUGACAAAUCUCAUUAAAUCCUCACUGAGGUCAGUCCUUAAAGCCGUUAAGGGAAUUGUGGUGAUGUCCUCGGCUCUCGAGAAACUCGGCGAGUCCUUGAUAUACGGCACGAUUCCCAUCCUAUGGAAGUCCAAAUCCUAUCCAUCCUUCAAACCGCUCGCGGGCUAUGUUCAGGACCUUCUUGCUCGACUGUCCUUUGCUGGCAACUGGGUCCACGACAAACCACCUCCAACUUAUUGGCUUUCUGCCUUCUUUUUCCAGCACGCCUUCAUGACUGCAUCAAAACAAAACUAUGCGCGUAGUAAAACAAUUCCAAUUGAUGCUAUAGGGCUUCAAUUCGAGAUGCUACCGAAACCGAAGUACUCCAAUCCGCCAAGCCUCGGCGUCUACUGCUACGGGCUUUUCUUUGAAGGUGCUCGCUGGUGUCACCAGACCAACCUACUGGCAGAAUCGGAGCCCAAGGUGCUAUAUUCGCCAGCACCGCUCAUCUGGUUCCAACCGAAGAAGUCUGUUGAUAUCGAUCAUCCGCCGGGCUACAAGUGUCCCGUCUACAAGACUGCAGACCGCCGCGGCAUUCUAGCGACGACUGGCCGCGAUCCGCGCCACUCUACCAACUUCAUCCUGGACAUCCUCGUUCCGUCCGCCAUUCCCGAGGCGCAUUGGGUACAACGUGGGGUGGCCAUGCUCUCCCAGCUCGACGACUGAGGCCGAUAUCAUACCGUCACAUUCAUGUUUCCGGGUGUGCCGUACAUGGUGGGUGACACGCUUGCGUACACAGUUGCCUGGCCCGGGUUGCUUUUUGUAACAGAGGGGCUGUCGGCGACACUGCGGGUACUGACCUCGUGUGGCGGUCGGUACCAAUACCGCAGUGUGGUGAUGGGCUCGUGCUUGGAGACUGCCUGUACCGCCAACGCGACACUCCAUCUCGCGUGAUCUUGGGCCGGGGGUUGUGGGUCCGGCCCUCGGCCAUGCCCUUCGGUGAACUCUUCGGUGAGUCUUCGGUACACCCCCUCUUUUGAUAGCUCAGGCUUAGUCAGCGCGGCUCGAUUUUACCAUGAAGAAUUUUACCUUGAUUUUCUGACAAAGAAGCUGUAGCACAAAGCCGCAAAGAGAUUUUCCUAGCCAUGUCUCCUGAGGCGGCUCCAAAGUGGUUCUCUGGGAGGGAGACCCGUAGAAGGCCCAAGAGCCCGGACGACAGGCACGAAGUAGUCUCCUCCGCAGCGGAGACCCCGCCUCCUGGUGCAGGCGCUUGCAAAGUAUGUAUCCUUGACUCUACCUUAAGAUACUACAACCAGCCCAGUGCGCUACUCUACCUAGAUACCCCGCAUUGAAGCAAACCCUCGAUGUCCUGGGUGUCCCCCCCUGUCCCCCCUCUUGGAAUAACGUUUAUGGCCC